AAAGAAUGUGGCCAAUGGGGUUAAGCAGCACAUGUGUGAGAGGGGAAGACGCCAUUAAUUCUGGAGAGCGAGGCGUGCGAGUCUUCUGUACUGUGUUUACUUGUCUGCAGCUCUAACCUCAGAGCUCCUUUGAAGCGUUUGGAUGGAUUCACACUGAGGAUUUAUCCUUGUUCAGGAGACAGAGAUAUAUCUGGUGCGAGUUGUAUUUGGGAAUGAAUAGCACAGACUCUUUGUGGGAAAUUAUCACGCCCGGCGCUCCAGAAUUCUGGCUUCAAAAAGUCGCAGAAUAGAGCUUUGGUUUCCUGUCUGUGGGGUGGAUCCUCUCUCUCGUGGUGCUGUCAUGGGCUCUAGAAAAUCAAGUUACCGGUAAGUAAUCAUCAUUUUUAAUGUCAGUGACCAGAAGCUUACAUAAGACGUUUUCUUCUUAUUUUCCAUUGCUAGCCUGGAGCAGAAUAAUGGCUACAAAGUGGGACUCUGGCCAUUCCAAUCCUGUGUUGAGCCUGGCAAUCAGCAAGGAGAGGGUGAUCGCUUCUGGUGCUGAAAGCGGGGAACUUACCUUCUGGAGUGAGCAAGGAACUCCACUUGGCAAAUUGCAUCUGAAGGGCGAUGAAGAUGUAACUGGGGUUACAUUCUCCCCAGUUUCCUUUUCCAGGCUUUAUGCUGCUCACGGGGAGACAGUCAGUGUGCUGGACAUCAGAGCGUUGGGGGAUCCUGUGGAGACCUUCAGCAUCAACAAAGAAGAGAUCAACUGCAUUUCUGUCAAUGAGACAGACAGUCUACUAGCGGCUGCUGAUGACUCUGGCACUGUGAAAGUCUUAGACCUACAGAGUAAGAAAGUCUGCAGGACCCUGCAGAGACAUACCAAUAUAUGCUCAGCCGUUGUUUUUAGACCUCACCGGCCACAAAGCCUUGUUUCUUGUGGGCUUGACAUGCAGGUGUUGCUUUGGAAUGUGCAGAAAGCAAGACCACUAUGGCUUACAAAUCUGCAACACUUGGCUCAAGAUGAAGAAGAUCUGGAUCUCCAUCAGUCCCCAGGUCAGCUCUUUAAUCCACCACUGGCUCAUUCACUUUCUGUGUCCAGCUGUGGAAAUGUGUUUUGCUGUGGUGCUGAGGAUGGGAAAAUUCGCUCAUUUCGGAUAACAGGAACUCGUUUUGAGGAGGAUCUCUGUUUUAAGGCUCACACUCAAGGCGUCUCUCAAGUCAGUUUUAUAGGACAAGAUUCUGGACAGACUUUGCUACUCUCUGGAGGCAAUGACGGAAGAGUGUGCCUUUGGAAUCUCCGAAAAGACGCUGUACAAGCUCAGAAACCGCAAAAACACCACCCCAAGAAGUCCUCAUCGAAACUUAAAGUGAAACAAAUGGCAGAGGCUUCUCCAAGAGUCAGUUCAAGUCUCUGCAUUGAACAUGGAGAAAAAGUGAACUGGAUUCUAGGAGCUGAACUUCAGGGGUCGAAAGUGGUUCUAGUUGCAGAUCCUAGCAAUGCCAUAUCUGUCUAUCAGCUGGGUGAGCUAUAGAUUGCUGAGGAACGCACAAAUUAAAGUGCCAGCAUUAAAUGGGUAUUCCGUUUAUGAGAAGUUCUCCUCUAUCCCCAGGAUAGUGGAUAACUAUUAGAUAGGUGGGGAUACUACCCAUCACGAGGACCCCCAUACUCCGUCAAUUCCUCUGAGUAUAGUGCUGUACUAUCUCCAGGACUCCCCUAGAAAUGAAUGGAGUUACUGCGCACAUUCCAGCUGCGCUGUUCAUUUUGGGGGGUACAGGGUCGUCAUUCUGUCCCAGCAGUAGGACUCCCACUGAUCUAAUAGAUUCACAUAACGGAAUACCCCUAUACCCCUUUGAGGUUUCAGAACAAUGGACAUACAGGUAAUCUUGAUGGACAGAUGUGUUGGUGACAAGGAUCCACACUAUAUGCAGUGCCUUAGGCCUCUUUCACACAAGCAAGUUUUCUGUCGCGAUGCGUGAAGCGAACGCAUAGCAUCCGGACUGAAUCCUGAACCAUUCAUUUCAGUGAGUCUGUACACAUGAGUGCAUCAUCUUUGCGUUCAGGAAAAAUAGCAGCAUGUUUUAUUUUCAGGUUUUUUUUCCACUUAGCCCUGGCUCUAUAGAAGUGAAUGGGGCUUGCGUGAAAAACUGAUUACACCAGCAUGCAAUGUGUUUUUCACUGAUGGUUACUAGGAGAUGUAGUUUGUUAUUCUUCAGUUUUAGUUUUUUUCACGCACGGAAAUAACUGAAACACUUAACGCAAUCGCAGACAAGUCUGACUUAACUUGCGUGCGACGCCAUCAGUUUUUUUCCUGAACAGAUCCUGACGCAGUCUGUAUCGUUUGUGUGAAAGAGGCCUCACUGAACAAAUGCUAUAUAGAAGCUGACGCUUAACAUUUUUAUGGGGUGGAGCUUCAAGCAUAUAUAAAUUCUUCCUCAAAUGUUAGUAAAGCAAGUUAAAGGCUACACACCCCUUUGGGGACAUGUUUACGUAAAAAAAAAAUUGUAAUAAGGUGUAAGGUUUGAUUAAAGAUGUUGCCUCACGUGGCUUCUGUAACUUGUGUGUUACAAAUCUCUGCGGGCUCAUCUGAAGGCUUCUUCUCCAGCUGAGCUCUCUGCCCAAUUUGACUGUGAACAGCAUUUUGCAGCUCGCUAUAUAAUAUGAUAUAUAGAAGCUGCAGAAGGCCCCAAAAAAUGACAUUUUUGUUAAAACCCUGUUACAAAAAUUAUUUUUAGGUAAAAAUACAGGUGGCGAUGGCCUUUAAGUUGUUAUUUUGUAAUGUUUUAUUCUGGCAGUGCUUUAAAGGGGUAUUCCCAUCUCAGACAAUUGGGGCAUAUCGUUAGGAUAUGCCUCCCAUUGUAUGAUAGGUGCGGAUGUCACCUCUUGGAAACGGAGCCUCGAAAGUCAUGGAGGGCGCACCAUGCUUGCGCAGCCACUGCUCCCAUUCAUUUCCAUGGGGCCGACAGAAAUGGCCGAGCCAGCGCUCAGCUAUUUUCAGAGGCUCCAGCAGGCACCCUCCGCGACUUUCACGGCCCUGUUUACGAGAGAGGUGCAGGUUCCACCUCUCUAUCAGACAACGGGGGCAUAUCCUAGCGAUAUGCCCCCAUUGUCUCAGAUGGGAAUAUCCCUUUAAUGAAUGUAUAUGUUAAAGACAGCUGUGCACUAUGUUCUUUAAGUAAAGAAAAUGCAUACAGCGAUUAUAAAUUUUAGAUAUAUAAUUAUGCAGCAUAUUUAUACUGGAAAGUUUACUUACUGGUACUGAAAUAUAUUUAAAUCAAUUAAAUCUUCAUUUUCAGGUGGAAGAUCA